CUGCGGCGCGGGUAAGAGGCGGCGGGAGCGCGCAGCUCGCAAUUGCGACCGCGGCCAGCCGGGAGCCCGGUCUCCGCGAUCCUCCCGCGCCCCGCGAUCCUCCCGAGCCCCGCGGUCUCUGCCCUGAGCCUCGCGAUCGCUGGCCGGGCCCAGGACGCAGAGGGGACUCUGGUUCCCCAGGCCGCGCCAGCCGUGCGUCCCCGGGGGAGGCCGAUGAGCGCCGGCAGCCGGCCCUGACGCCCACCGAGGACUAGGAGGGACCGAGCCGCGCCAACUGCGCCUGCGAACUCGCCAUGGGCCCUGUGCUGCGCCGGUGGCUGCUGCUGGGCGCCGUGACAGUGGGGCUCCUGGCCCACAGCGUCUUGGCGGGAGUGAAGAAGCUCGAUGUGCCCUGCGGAGGGAGAGACUGCAGCGGCGGCUGCCGGUGCUACCCUGAGAAAGGAGGCCGCGGUCUGCCGGGGCCAGCAGGUCUCCCAGGCUUCCACGGGCCACCAGGACUUCAAGGAUUCCCAGGGCUGCAAGGCCGCAAAGGUGACAAGGGCGAGCGAGGAGCUCCCGGGACGCCCGGGCCCAAAGGCGACGUGGGCCCCAGAGGCGUUUCUGGAUUCCCCGGAGCCAACGGGAUUCCGGGAUAUCCGGGCCAGGGUGGGCCCAGAGGGAGGCCGGGCUACGACGGCUGCAACGGGACCAGGGGUGACACAGGCCCGCAAGGCCCCUCCGGCUCGGAAGGCUUCCCUGGCACAUUCGGGCCCCCAGGACCCAAGGGGCAGAAAGGCGAACCUUAUGCACUGUCCAGAGAGGACCAAGACAGAUACAGGGGCGAACCCGGAGAGCCUGGGCUGGUUGGCUUCCAGGGCCCUCCCGGCCGCCCUGGGCCCAUGGGGCCAAUGGGUCCAGUCGGAGCCCCAGGAAGACCGGGCCCCCCCGGACCCCCCGGGCCGAAAGGAGAGCCGGGCAACAGAGGACUUGGUUUUUAUGGAGAAAAGGGGGAAAAGGGUGAUCAAGGCCAGCCGGGACCCAAUGGAAUCCCAUCGGACACCACUCACCCCAUCGUUGCUCCCACCGGCUCCACCAUCCACCCUGAUAUGUAUAAGGGUGAAAAGGGCAGUCAGGGAGAACCGGGGUUUAAAGGCAUUUCCUACAAGGGAGAAGAAGGGAUCAUGGGCUUUCCAGGAACACGGGGACCUCCUGGCCUAGAUGGGGAGCGUGGAUUCCCAGGACAGAAGGGAAGCAAAGGCCGGGACGGCUACCAAGGCCCCGACGGACCCCAGGGAUCCAAGGGAGAACUAGGCGAACCCGGCCCCCCAGGACCCCCAGCCUACUCGCCUCACCCCUCCCUGGCCAAAGGUGUCAGAGGGGACCCAGGAUUCCCGGGAGCUCACGGGGAGCCAGGAAGCAGGGGCGAGCCAGGAGACCCAGGCCUCCCAGGCCCACAAGGCCCCCCAGGCCUGCCCUCCGUGGACCAAGGUGACAGGACAGGCCGGCCCGGUGAGACAGGGCUCAAAGGCUUCACCGGAGACCGGGGCAUCCCUGCACGCUACCCCGGCCCGCCCGGCGCUGACGGAAGGCCAGGCCCUCCAGGACCCCCUGGGCCUGCUGGACCCCCAGGACCCGAUGGCUUCCUGUUCGGCCUCAAAGGAGCACAGGGGAGCCGGGGCUACGCCGGGCUUCCGGGCACCCCGGGGGUGAAUGGACAGAAAGGACGCAAAGGUGACCCUGGGAACUGCAAAUGUGCCGAAAGCGAUCAGUUCCCCGGGGGGCUUCCAGGACUGCCAGGUCUCAAGGGUUUCCCAGGUGCCAAUGGGAAGCCAGGCUGGAAAGGGGAGCCGGGAGACCCCGGCCAGCACGGCAUCCCUGGGUUCCCAGGGUUCAAGGGAGCCCCUGGCAGCAUCGGGGCACCGGGACCCAAGGGAGCGAAAGGCGACUCCAGGACUGUCACCACCAAAGGUGAGCGGGGACAGCCUGGCAUCCCUGGCGUGCACGGGAUGAAAGGUGACGACGGGAUCCCAGGCCGAGACGGCCUUGACGGCUUCCCUGGCCUCCCCGGGCCCCCCGGUGAUGGCAUCAGAGGCCCCCCAGGAGACUCUGGUCCCCCAGGAGCACCCGGAACCAAGGGCCCCCCGGGAGAGGUGGGCCCUCCGGGCCUGGGCAUGCUGGGCCGCGAGGGCGAGCAGGGUUUCCCAGGAGACGUGGGGCUACCCGGGUCCCCAGGCUUCCCCGGCCCUCCCGGCGCCCCUGGCAGCCCCGGAGAGCUAGACUGUGAAACAGGCGUGAAGAGCCCCACCGGGGGUGACACACAGGAGCCCGUGCAGCCAGGUUGCACUGGAGGCCCCAAGGGAUCGCCUGGCCUGCCUGGCCCCCCUGGGCCCCCAGGUGACAAAGGCCCCAGAGGGACCCCAGGAUUCCUGGGAGUGGAUGGACCACCGGGGCUCAAGGGCUUCCCUGGAGACCCUGGCCGAGAAGGAUUCCCAGGACCCCCAGGGUUCAUGGGACCCCGAGGAUCCAAGGGUGCUGUGGGCCUGCCCGGCCCCGAUGGACUCCAGGGCACCAGUGGCCUGCCAGGCCCUGCGGGGCCCCCUGGGGACAGGGGCAUUCCCGGAGAGGUUCUGGGGGCCCAGCCCGGGCCCCGAGGAGACACCGGGCUGCCUGGACACCCCGGGCGAAAAGGCCUCCCCGGAGAGCAAGGAGCCCCUGGAUUCCGAGGGAGCCAGGGGAUGCCCGGAAUGCCAGGGCCCAAGGGCCAGCUGGGCUUCCCAGGACCCUCGGGCCUCCCGGGACUGCCCGGACGUGCAGGACAGCAUGGAUUCCCAGGAGCUCCUGGCCCAGAGGGGCCCUUGGGGCUGCCUGGUGUCUCAGGCAGUGAAGGUCUGCCUGGAGACAGGGGGGACCCUGGCGACACGGGCACCCCCGGCCCUGUGGGCAUGAAAGGUCUCGCUGGGGACAGAGGUGACACCGGCCUGGUGGGCGACCAGGGCCGCCCAGGGGACCCCGGGUUUAAAGGGAUGGACGGGAUGCCGGGGAUCCCCGGGCUGAAAGGGAACCGUGGGGAGCCUGGCCCCCCGGGGCCCCCUCCUGCCAUCAUGCCAGGGAUGAAGUUCAUCAAGGGCGAGAAGGGUGACGAAGGGCCCAUGGGGCUGAAGGGGCACCUGGGCUUGAAAGGCCUGCAAGGCAUGCCAGGUGUCCCAGGACAGGCGGGUGUCCCAGGGCUGCCCGGAAGGCCUGGCCACAUCAAAGGCAUCAAAGGGGACAUCGGUGUGCCCGGCUCGCCUGGCCUGCCCGGCUUCCCCGGGGUGACCGGUCCACCUGGAGUCAUUGGGUUUCCGGGCUUCACAGGCUCACGGGGCGACAAGGGCGCUCCAGGAAGCUCGGGCCUGUAUGGCGAUGAUGGCCUGACCGGGGACUUCGGUGACAUUGGGGACACGAUCGAUUUACCAGGAAGCCCAGGCCUGAAGGGAGAGCGUGGCAUCGCGGGGACCCCAGGUCUGAAGGGAUUCUUCGGGGAGAGAGGAGCCCACGGCGAGGUCGGCUUCCCUGGCAUCACGGGCCUGGCCGGACCACAGGGCCAGCCUGGACUCAAAGGACAGACAGGCGCUGACAUGCCCGGAGACCCAGGCUUCCCCGGCCCCUCUGGGGACAGGGGCGACCCCGGAGAGCCCAACACCUUCCCAGGCUCCACGGGCGCCCCUGGACAGAAGGGGGAGCAGGGAGCCCCAGGGGAGCGAGGCCCAGCCGGGAGACCCGGGAUGCAAGGCUUCCCUGGCAUCAGCCCCCCCUCCAACAUCUCAGGGCUGCCGGGCGACGUGGGGUCACCGGGGAUCUUCGGCCUGAAAGGUUACCAAGGCCCCCAGGGGCCCCCGGGGCCGGCCGCCCUGCAGGGAAGCAAAGGAGACGCUGGGAGCGGGGGAGCCCCAGGAGUCGUGGGCACCAAAGGCUGGAUCGGGGACCAAGGGCCCCAGGGCCGGCCGGGUGUGUUCGGAGUCCCAGGAGAGAAAGGGCCCAGGGGUGAGCCCGGACUCAUGGGCAGCACAGGAUCCACCGGAGCUGUGGGCGACAGGGGCCCCAAGGGGCCCAAAGGAGACCAGGGAUUCCCCGGAGCCCCCGGCUUAGUGGGGUCUCCAGGGAUUGCCGGCAUCCCCCAGCGGAUCACCGCCCCGCCGGGGGCCAUGGGUCCCGAGGGCAGGAGGGGUCGUCCCGGGGCGCAGGGAGAGAUGGGGCCACAGGGCCCCCCCGGAGACCCAGGUUUCCGCGGGGUGCCAGGGAAGCCCGGGCCCCAGGGACGAGGUGGUGUGUCUGCUCUGCCCGGGUUCCGGGGAGACCCAGGAGCCGUGGGGCACCAGGGCCCGAUUGGCCAAGAAGGGGAGCCCGGCCGCCCAGGGAGCCCAGGGCUGCCCGGCAUGCCCGGCCGCAGCGUGAGCAUCGGCUACCUGCUGGUGAAGCACAGCCAGGCGGACCAGGAGCCCAUGUGCCCAGUGGGCAUGAACAAGCUGUGGAGCGGCUACAGCCUGCUGUACUUCGAGGGCCAGGAGAAGGCCCACAAUCAGGACCUCGGGCUGGCGGGCUCCUGCCUUGCACGCUUCAGCACCAUGCCCUUCCUCUACUGCAACCCCGGCGACGUCUGCUACUAUGCCAGCCGCAACGACAAGUCCUACUGGCUGUCCACCACCGCCCCGCUGCCCAUGAUGCCCGUGGCCGAGGACGACAUCAAGCCCUACAUCAGCCGCUGCUCCGUGUGCGAGGCGCCUGCCACCGCCAUCGCGGUGCACAGCCAGGACGUGUCCAUACCCCACUGCCCGGCCGGCUGGCGGAGCCUGUGGAUCGGGUAUUCCUUCCUCAUGCACACCGCAGCAGGGGACGAAGGCGGCGGCCAGUCCCUGAUGUCACCGGGCAGCUGUCUGGAGGACUUCCGUGCCACGCCGUUCAUCGAGUGCAACGGGGGCCGCGGGACCUGCCACUACUUCGCCAACAAGUACAGCUUCUGGCUGACCACCAUCCCCGACACCAGCUUCCAGGGCACACCGUCGGCCGACACGCUCAAGGCCGGCCUCAUCCGCACGCACAUCAGCCGCUGCCAGGUGUGCAUGAAGAACUUGUGAGCUGCGGGCCGCCGGCGUGGUGCUGCCCCUACCUCGGACGCCGGCCUGGCCCUGCCCUCCCAUCCCAAAUGAGUAACCCCAGCCUCGGAGCGGGACGCCUGGCCCGCAUGGACAACCACGCCGGCACAGGCCCCCGCGCUGCGGCUCCUGUGACCUCCACCUCUGGCUGGCUGACUGCAGACUUGCUGUCCCGGGUCCCCCAGGGCCCUGCGGUGGUGGCUGAGCUGUGUCCUGGGCGGCAAGGGCAGCCCUGUGCUCUCGCAGGUGCACCAGAGUCCACACUUCACAGGCCCACGCCUGACACACCUGCCAGGGGAAACGUGGCCUGCAUGGAUCUGGUCCCCCACCCCGUUCCCUGCAGCCAGCCACCCCCCUCUGCCCAUCCUGUGUAACAGCCUUAAAAUAAAAGUUGGUUUUAAACACGUCUAA